AGCAUCACCACAGUGGUUCACCAGAAAGAAGAGGUCGUGUUGAAAACAGCAGAACAAUGAGGUUCCAGUGUCUGUGAGCAGAAUCACAACAUGAUUCUCCUGCAGAGGAAACUGUGAUUGUGGAUGAAGAUGAGCAGCAGCAGCAGCAAGAGAGAGAGGGAGCAGAAGAGGAAGCUGCAGCACUUCCUGGGUGACCUGGCUCUGCUCGGAUCUUUACAGGGUUUUAAAUAUUUCCAGCCGUGGCUCAGAGGGAAGGAGGAGCUGCUGCUGACAGUCGUCAAUGAGGACCUGGGUUGGCGCUCCCCGGGCUUCGCGGUGUCCCGAGCCUCCUCCUUCUCCUCCAGCAGCGGCGGCAGCAGCAGCGACGUCUCCCCCAGCAGCAGCUCCCCGAGCCUGGACAGUCGCAGCAGCUCCCCCCUCCCUGGAGAAGCUCCGGCUCCACGAGGCCGUCAGCCUGAAACACACACAGAGACGCAGCCACGGAACGUCAGGGCCCCCACCAGUGAGGACCACCUCCUGCCUGCAUCUCCCAGUGAGAGAGAGAUAGCCGUACCUGAGGUGAACUGCACUCUCUUCUUACUGGCCGGCUACGUCAAGUACGGACGUCCCUACGCCUGGAUACGCUCCAAUCACGAGCGCCUGGUCAACAUCGGAGGCACCGACUCCAUGGUCAGGGACACGCCCAUGAAACUCAAGUCCAUCGCAGACUGGCAGACGCGAGUUAUCCGUGUGUGGGACAUCGUCAGCGAGCUGGUGUGUCUGUGCACGGUUCCCUCGCCUUCAAACCCCUUCGCCCUGGACAUGCGUUACAUCAAAAGUCUUCCCCUCCCUGACCGGUUCCUGGUCACGGGCGCCCUCCUCAACUUCCUGGAGACCUAUGUGGUGUUUGGCAACCAGGACGAGCUGCACUAUGACAAAGGUAUGACAGUCGUAGAGGAGGUGAAGCCUCUGAGGCGACUCCACGUCCAGUCCCUGCUGGAGCUGCAGCGGCACAGAGAGGCGUCCAGGUCGAGCUGCAGCCCGGCGGUGGAGGACUCGUGUGGAGAGGAGUGAACGGAACUUGUUCACAUGUUAACCACAGCAAGAGGAGAUGUUCUCGGUGCACUUUUAAUAAGUUAUUGAGGUAAAACGGACUGAAAAUAGGUUGGAAUGUGCAACAUUUAACCAGAGGGACCGUCUGGAGCUCGAUUCUGUUUCAUUGAAAUAAUUUGUCGAUUGUAGUCUUAUUGCAAACACAUUGCACAAGGUUGUCCUGCCCAGUUGGAGCUGUAUCUGCAUCUUUACUCUAGUUGGAAGGUUGUCACAUGUUAUCAGAUGUUUUGGAAAAGUGGAGAGAAACUCUGGGAAAUCAGUCACAUGACUAAGAUUAAAAAUCCCAGGACCUCUCGCCACCUCCAGUCCCUUCAAUCUCAAUCUCUGACUCCCACACAGGAAUUCUGUUUUCCUCAGGCCAAGUACAACAUUUUAAAAACAUCCAAUCGUGGAAAAACAGAAGAUCAUUUGUCAGGGUCAAAGCUGCACAAGUUAAAUAUUUGUCCGGUUGAAAGUCAGAGCGGCCUGAGACCGACACAACGAGACGCACACGAGAUGUCGUAUAAAAACUUUUAAUAAUCCAUAAAAUACACAUUUAAUUAAAUAUGUACAAAGACAAAAACAGUACAUCGAUAAAAUAAAUCUUAAAGCAGGCACUUCAACCUGAGACGAGGGUUGUGCCGUUUGUAAAAGAUGCAUUGAGAGUACAAAAUUAAACUGAUAAAACAAAGUGGCACAGCAGUCAAAACAAAAACACACACAGGCACCUUUCUAUAGCUUAGUUUUGGUCAGAAAAUAAGAAAGAUAAGAAGUGAGCGGUGGCCUCGGGGUCCAGCACUGAUCCUCACGUCUCUUAUUUGUAAACCGGAGACAGAAAUCGCCAUCGUGAGAGGAGGUUACGCAAUACUGCACACAUCAGAGCCCACAACCGCCACUUAGAAUGGACUUCAAAGUUGUGAGGGCACCUUUUAUGGCCUUGGUAAUGUGAACGAGUCGAGGGCCUGGGAGUUCAAGAAUCACAUUCUGACGUCUACUCGUGAGGCUGCUCCGAAUGCAGAGUCACGGGUGGAUGUGUAGAAGAAGUCAGGGCGUUUUGAGGAGAUUCGCCAUCUCAGAUUUCCUACGCUGGAAUGCAGGUGCAUUCCUCCGCUCGGGAACACAGCGUUCCCAGUGUUCGGACACCAAAAACCUGGCGACUCAUGGCCCAACGUGUUUUUCUCACAUAAAAAUGCAAAUCAUUUAUCUUUGUGGACAGUCGGGAGCUGUGUUUUUGCAGGAAACUGUUGACCCUGCAAGUUCUGCAAAAGGUCUAUUGUUUGUUUGUGACGCAGGUGCCUGUCACCACAACUCAGAAAAGAAAACAUCGCAAACUUUAGGAGGAAAUUAUAAAACCUGUGUUUUCAUGAGUCGGGAUUGAACUGUGAUGCGUUCAGGUGACAGAUUUUACAGUUGGAAACUUAGAAAGUGCUCAGAAAUGACUUGUGUGUGAGACAGAUGACCACUUCUGUCUGCCAGCAUUUUCCUCUGUUAUCUUCUGCUGUAACGAGAUCUAUUUGUCCGAAACUGCCAUGGAUUAAAAGUGUGCUUUUGUCAGUCCAAAUAAAAUCAUCAUGACCAGUCACGAAUGUCAGUUAAAUAAAAAAAAGAACUCAGGAUUGAGAAACAUCA